AUGCUCGAUCAUGGCUCCAAAAUCUUCGGCCUCCUCUUCCUGGCCCUAUUGCCCCGCGGAUCCAAUACAGCAACUAUGCCGGAAAUGUUUGACUACAUUGUCGUUGGUGGAGGUCAGGCUGGCAUGGCUGUAGCCUCUCGCCUGUCCGAAGACCCGUCGUUGUCGGUCCUCGUGCUCGAGGCUGGUGGCACCGGUAUUAACAAUACCGGGAUCAGCAUACCGGGAUUAGUUGGAACAACCCUUGGUACCGACGUUGAUUGGAAAUAUUCCACAGUUCCUCAAGCAGGCGCCAAUAAGCGCCAGGUGUAUUAUCCACGAGGAAAAGUUCUCGGUGGAUCGUCGGCUAUCAACUUUCUUAUAAGUACCAAAGCUGAGAAGAAAGACUACGACGCGAUUGAAAGACUUGGGAACCCGGGAUGGGGCUGGUCCGAGGUUGAUCGCGCAUCAAAAAAGAGCGAGAAACUCGUGAUUCCACCGCCGGACUCGCCUUUUCUCUACAACCCGCUCUACCAUGGCCUCUCAGGUCCAGUGGCGAGUUCAUUCCCAAAAUACGUCCCUCCUCAAUUCAAACCUUAUUUCCCCGCGGCGGUCAUGGCAUCCAUUCCUGCCCGGGCCAUUGAAACGACCGACCCUUUCGGCGGGGAUUUGGAGGGUGCCUACAUAUUUCCUUCAGCCAUCGAUGCUAAAAGCGCGCGGGUCACCAGUGCGACUGCCUACUAUUUCCCCCACCAGUCCCGCCCCAACUUGGUGGUACGCACUCAUGCCGAGGUGAACAAACUUAUUAGCAAGAAGACAGAUGGACAGUCAUUGCAAAUCCUUGGAGUUGAAUACUCCAGCUUUGGAACCGUUUCCCGCGCAAUGGUUAACAAAGAGGUCAUCAUGAGUGCCGGGUCCAUUGGAACUCCCGCCAUCCUCGAAAGAAGUGGUAUUGGAAAGUCAAGCAUUCUUCAAGCUUUAAACAUCCCUGUGGCCCUCGAUUUGCCAGCAGUGGGAGCCAACCUUGCCGACCAUCCCGCUCUUCUAGGAACCUACCGCCUCAAGUCGGGAAUUGUUUCAUCUGAUGAUCUUAUGAGAAACGCAACUUUUGCCGCAGAGCAAACAUCUCUUUACAUGUCCACUGGUGGCGGCCUUCUCAGCCAUGGUAUUUCAGUUUUGGAUUAUCAAUCUCUGAAAUCAAUCGUCACCCCCGAGGAACUACUUGAAGGACUGAAGCUCCUGGAACGCGAUCCAAGCGUUAUGUCACAAGAACAAUUUGAUGCGAUAUCAGAGCGAAUUUUAAAUGGAGUUGCUGUUGAAUUCUUGUUGAUCAACGCUUUCUUUGAGUCGGACAACGCCCCCGAUCCAGACACCUCUUACUUAACAAUUGCUACCACUCUCCAACACCCUCUAUCACGCGGGUCAUCGCAUAUCAAUGGCCAGGAUCCUUUGCUAACACCCCUGAUUGAUCCGGCUUUCCUGUCCCACCCAUUUGAUGCAUGGUUAAUGGUGCAAGCAGCCAAACACGCCAGGAAGAUUAUGGAGCAGCCGCAGUACAAAAACAUUAUUCUGAACGAGCAAUUUCCUGGCCCGUCCGUACAAUCUGACGCCGAAUGGCUCGUGAGCGUUAAAAACCGCGUUAGAACUGAAUAUCACCCUCUGGGUACUUGCGCCUUGAUGCCUCAAGACCGUGCAGGUGUUGUUGACCCCCAACUAAAAGUUUAUGGUACCGAAAAUUUGAGAGUUGUGGAUGCUAGUGUUAUUCCGAUUCAAAUUGGAGCUCACCCAGCCCUUACAAUUUACGCAAUUGCAGAAAAAGCAGCCGAGUUGAUCUUAAACCCCACCACCAAAACUCUCCUCCCAAACCUUCUGCAAUAG